AUGGGUAAUUGUCUCUGGACGGGCACUGAUAAACCUGCUUUUAAUUCUUUUCACAAAGGCUUCUUUUUAAACGAACAAACUGUUACUUGGUUUAAGCAUGUUUGGCAUAAGCGUUAUGCUUUACGCUUCUCUCUUACUACUUGGAUGGCUUUUCGUAAUGGCCUUAAAACUCCUGAUAACCUCAAUGCUAGAGGUUUGGCUGUUAACACUAGUUGCAUUUUUUGUCAUCAUUCUGAGGAGAAUCACAAACAUUUGUUCUUUGAGUGUGAGUUUACCUUCCAGGUGUUGUUGAAGGUAUUUCCCUAUUUUAACCGUAUGCUUCUAAGGCCUAAUCUGGGUCAAGCCUUUCAAAGCAUUGAGGAUUGGGAUAUGGAUAAAAGCAGGAAAAACUAUUGCUUUAUGCUUCUUUGUGCUAUUGUUUACUAUCUUUGGCGAGCACGGAACGACAGGCUUUUUGGCAACCUUAUUGAUUGUCAAAACACUAUUAUUGCCAAGAUCAAGCAUAUUGUGAACCUUAAAACUGCAAAGCGGAAAUGA